AUGGACACGUCGGGCCUUCGUCUGGAAUCUGUGACCAUAGAUGAAGCCCUGCACCACGGCGUGGGCGAGUUUGGCCAUGGGCAGCGCCUGCAGCUCAGCGUGGUGGGAGCUGCAUGGUUCUGCGCCGUGUUCCAGGCCUUCAUCGGCAUCUUCAACUCACUGAGCCCCUUCACGCCUGGAGCCCUAGCCUGCACCGCCCCCGACGACGCAGCCUGCCAGGCUGCCCUGGCCUCGAGCCCGCCCGAUCCCUGCUCACUGGCACCAGAGCAGUGGUACUGGACCCGCCCCAGCGCCUCCCCCCUCAGCGACUUCGACCUGGCCUGCCGCCCCGCCUUCCUCCAGCGCGGCCUCCUCCCCGGCGCCUUCUUCCUGGGCGCGGCGCUGGGCGCCUGCGCCCUGGCGCUGCUGGCGCCCGCCACGCCCCGCCGCCGCCUACUCUUCUCGGCCAACCUGGCCUGUGCCGGCGCCGCGCUGGCCGCGGAGCUGGCGGGCGCCCUGCUGGCGCUGGCCGCCGUGGCGCUGUGGAGCCUGACCCUGGAGUCGCCGACCUGGCUGCUCCUGCGCGGCAGGAAGGUGGUCCUCGCCAAUGCUGACAAGCCCCGCAUCAUCAAGCACAAGGGGACGACGGACCUGGUGACAGACACCGACAGCGCGAGUGAGGAGGCCGUGCUCCAGGCCAUCACCCGGGCCUACCCGGACCAUGGCAUCCUGGGGGAGGAGGGGGGUGUCAUGGGGGAUGUCACCUCCGACUACCUCUGGUGUGUGGACCCACUGGACGGCACCACCAACUUCGCGCACGGCUACCCCUCCUUCGCCGUGUCCGUAGGCGUGUUGCGCCACGCCGUGCCCGUAGCGGGUGUGGUGAUCGAGUUCACCGGCGGCCCCGGCGGCUGGAUCACGCGCACUUACGAGGCGGCGCGGGACAUGGGGGCCACCUGCGACGGCCGCCCCAUCUCCGUCAGCCGGGUGAAGGUCCUGGAGCAGAGCCUGCUGGUGACGGGGUUUGGGUACGACCACGACGAGUGCUGGGCGGCCAACAUGGACCUGUUCCGGGCGCUGACGGACGUGACCCAGGGCGUGCGGCGGGAGGGGGCGGCCGCCGUGGACUUGUGCCACCUGGCGGCGGGGCUGGUGGACGGGUACUGGGAGUUCCGCCUGAAGCCCUGGGAUAUGGCCGCCGGGCUGCUCAUCGCCGAGGAGGCGGGCGCCACGGCCACCACCAUGGGCAACGGCGCGCUGUCAGUGUUCGACCGCAGCCUGUUGGUGACCAACGGCUUCGUGCACGAGCAGCUGCUGGCGCUCACGGAUCCCAAGGUCAGCGCCCUGCUGGAGGCAGGGGUGGACCUGAGCCAGUGGUUUGUCCCGGAAGGCUUCAAGCUGCACACAGGGGCGCGGCUGGCAUGA